AUGUCACGAGGCGGGCGAGGCGGAUUCCGCGGCGGCGGCGGAGGAGGAGGAGGAUUCGGCCGCGGGAAGAUUGGAGGCCAGGACGUGCCUUGGGAAUACGAUCCAGAUCUGAAGGUUGAGACGAAGCCGUCGGAGCUGUUUCCAUCCCGCGCAAUGGAGCGCCCGGCCUACUUCGAGUACCACCGCCGACUGACCCACGACCAGCAAAUCCCCCCGCCAAUCGCCAAGCCUCCCAGGCGCCUCGAGCGCAUCCAAGUCGCACACUACCGCGCACUGCGCGAGCGCAUCCACGAGGGACCGCUCUACACUGUUCUAGGCGACAAUGUGCGGGUAGGGAAGACCGGGUCAUCAGCGCCUUUGGCGGCGGCGGCAGCGGCGGCGACAUUCGAUCCGUUCGAGGGCAUGCCGACCUUCACGCAGAAGUACAAGAAGCAGCGGCGGAAGAUUCCACGGCUGGAUAUGAGGCCGUAUGUCAAGCGCUUCUUCCCCGAAGAGCUCCACGCGACGCUCGACCCCCUCCAGGCCGGCAAAACGGCGAAGCCCAAGAAGAAGCUCCUCCAGAUCACGAACUCGAACCGGCUGCGCAAGCUCGAUGAGUUCGAGGACCCGGACGUCGCAAAUGAAGGCGACGAGGAGGAGAAAGGCUCCGAAGACGAGGAAAACCAAAACGAGCAGGAUAAGGACGACGCAUUUAGCGAGGACGACGAGGACGACAACGACGAUUACAACGCCGAGCAAUACUUCGACGGUGGUGACGACGAUGACUACGGGGACGACGGAGGAGGUGGAGGGGACGAGUAUGGAGAUUUCUAG